AUAAAAGAAGGAAGUGUUAUUAAACAAGGUGGAAGAAUAAAAAAUUGGAAAAAGAGAUGGUGCGUUUUAAAUGAAGAAGGUUUACAUUAUUUUAAAUCACAACAUAGUACAGAAAAAGGGUCAAUUUUAUUAAAUGAAAUAUUAGGUGUACAGAGUGAUGAUAAACCAACAACUAAAAGAAAAUAUUGUUUUAAAGUUACAACUAUAGAUAGAAAAUAUAGAAUAUGUGCAACUGAUUCAUUGGAUAGAGACGAGUGGAUAUCAUCAAUAGAGAAAUUAUUAAAAUCUAAAGGUUUUCCCGCAAUUUCUAUUGAUGGAAAUGGUACUGGUACAAUAAUUUCAAAAAAUAAUAAUAAUAAUAAAUCAAAUGUAGAUAUAAAUAAAUUAAGAAUUGAAGAAGAGGACGAUUCGGAAUCAUCAACACCAUCAAAUAGUUUUUUAAAUAACUCAUCAUCGAAAACAAUAGCUUUAACUCCAAUUAUGAUAUCAUUAAAAGAUAAAUUUCCACAACAAUCCUUUGCAUCAGAAUUAAAUAGAAAAAAAGAUUUAUUAUCAUUAGAGGAAACAGAAAGAAUAUUAUCAUUAUUAGACUCUUUUAUUGAAAACGAAUCAGAUGAAGCAAAUAAACAAAGAGAUAAAGAGAUUAAAAUGAUUGUUAAACAAAUUACACAUUUAAAACAAAUAGAACUUAAUAAAAUAGAGGAAAAAUAUAAUCUAAAACGACAAGAAAUUUUAAAUGAACUUAAAAGAAGGUCUUAA